UGAUAUUUUCAGAUCCAGUGAUCGCGGAUCGCUAAUAAUUACUAUUAGUAUUCCAAUGUGUGACACAAACCUGCACCAAUUAUGAAAAUUAGGCAAUUAUGAAAAAUCUGCAUCCAACCAAGGAAAGGCGAUCGUGAGGAUAAUACCUCCAGAUGCAAUUAUCCUAAAGCUCAUUAUUCCGACUGAUCAUCCACCAAAUCUUGCAGCACAAACGAAAAUGAAGUUUGCAUCUGGAAUCUACACUCUUCUACUAGCAGGUGGUAUCGCCACGGCAGAUGGCAUGUCCAUCCGCGGCAACAGUAGGCAUGCCAACAAACUCAUGGCAUUCUCUCGUAAAUUAGAGGACGGCGGAUCUGGAGACGGCGGGUCUGAAGAUGAUGAAGGAUCACAAGAUAAUGAAGGAUCACAAGAUAACGAACAAUCACAAGAUAAUGAGCAAUCGCAGGAUAAUGAACAACAAUCUCAAGACAACAACAAUUCUGGAGAUGAAAACAACACCAACUUCUUGAAAGAUUAUUCUAUCAAGUUAUUGACUUGCAUCCAAGGAGAGCAAGCGAUCAACUACGAGAAUGGAGAGACAGAAAGCAGCACAGUUGUCUUCCGCCUUUGUCCUGUGGAUUCCUGUGCAUCGGAUACACUGCUUGGUUGUGAUGAAGGCUACGGCGACUAUAUUGUUGGCAUCGACACAUUCCUCGACGUCUAUAUGGAAAGCAAGAGAGAAGAAGGAGAAGGCGAAAACGGGAAUCCAAUGGUUGCCUACAAUCAGUACGGACAAGAAUUUGAUGCCUCCGAAUACAUGGAAUGUAGCGAAUACAAAGCCGAAGAAAUGAAUGAAGAGCAACAGCAACAGCAAUACAACUACAACAGUGGAGGAAACCAAAACCAAUGGUAUGCCAAUUACCAAGACUCGUCAUUCUACAUUGGUCCAGGCUGCACCGAAGAUGGAACCUCAAUUUCACUCAAUUUGUACACGGAUGAGCAAUGCUCUUACCCUGCCGAAGUAAAUUUUACUGAGGUUUCACCUGGAUGGCAAUCGUUGCCUUUCUCGGAAGGCGACCUUGUAGAAAUGAAUUGCAUGUCCUGCUAUUCUCAAAAUGAAAACUAUGAAUGGGAAAUUAGCGAAAUGUGCGAGCAAGAGUACACUUCUGCUGUUUCAAGUUGUGAGCAGUAUUUGAACACCACCGCCAGCGGUUAUUAUCACUACCACGUGACGAGUGGCUGCGAGCACAUUGAUUCUAUGGUAGCCAACUUCACUGAAGCCCAGCGCAAAAGUGCUUGGAGCACUAUUAGUACCGCCGUCAGCAACACUGCCAGUACCGUCGGUACCGCUGUAAGUCAAACUGCGAGCACUGUAGGUACAGCAGUUGGAAACACCGCAAGUACCGUGGGUACUGCUGUUAGUAACACCGCUACUUCGGUUGGUAAUGCUGCUGGUCCCACAGCUAAGGCAGCCUCCACCCGCUUCAUGGAUACGAUGAGCACUCGAGAAGCUCGAGCGUUCAUUGCUGCAAUGGUCAUUUUCUCCCUUUCUGCUCUAUUCGGUGCUACACUUAUCGGUUUCCUUUGUGUCAAGAAGAGGAGACAGCGAAGACGGCUAAAAAAAUCUGCCGGCCUUCUCGAUGACGAAGAAUCGCCAUCUGGUCCGGAAGAUAUCAAAAAGCGUCGCUCUUCGGUUGUUGCGUUGGUUCGAUCUACCACAAAUAGUGUUAGAGAAUCCGUUGUAGCUGCUGCAAAUGUCACGAAGGUAGCUGUAGCCACUGCUAUUGCAUCUAACGUUAUAAGCGAUGGUGAGAAGAAACCGAACGAAGAUGAUGACACCGUCAGAUCAUCCGAUUACAACAACAUGGAGGAUCCUAUCAAUGCCACAGUCGGUUCUUUUUCGUGUACUAUUGUUCCGGCAACUAGCGAAGCUGCUCCUACGACUGAAGAGACCACAGAAGAACCUGACGCUCCUAUGAAAGCCGCACCAGAGCAUGAAAGCGUUAUAGAAAGCGAGCAUGCUCCAAAAACAAAAAACAAAUUUCUUUCCAAGAUGGACAAGCAUCUGAAGAAGAAGAUGUCGAAGAAAAAUGUCGCUGACGUGUAAGACAAUAACAUACCAAGAUAUUUGUGUACAAGAUUUCAAAAUGAAUUGAUCGAAAACCCAUUCAGAAAAGAAGAAACGAAUUCUUUCGAAUAUCUGAUGAAAGUAAUCAUGGGAAAUCUGUUGGAGGGUUACCCAAUUACUCUUAUUGCACAGGAUUCAUCCGUGCGACCUAUAUGUUUCACGAAACAACGUGUAUUAUUUUAAUCUGUAGAUAAUUCAAAUUAUUCAAAAAAUCACAGUAAAGCAAAAUAGAGUUC